AGUCUUUCCAAAUGUUUCGAAACAUUUGUAGCUUGAAACAUUAUUACCUACCGUAUAAUGACAUAGAACAGCCAAUUAAAGUUUCGAAGCAUUUUGCACAACAAUGUUUUGAAGCAUUAAUGGUAAGCUUCAUAUAUCAAUGUAAAUAAAGCUUUUAAUGUUAUAUCACAUUUUAACAUUUCUUAAAAUGUUUCAAAACACUAACAUAACACUAGUGAGGGCAAUAAAAGUUUGACAGUAUUUCGUGGUAUUUUUAUGUUUGCUGUAGGUAAAAUCGUUCGGCGCACGGUUUAGCGUCUAUAAAAAUAACAGCUCCUUAUCGUCACAAGAUACAAUUUUCUAGUUACGAUGGCUUCCUGCAAAAACAAAACUAUAAAGGAGGAGUUUUCGCUCUACGCCAGCUUCAACGACACUUUCGUCCACGUCACGGAUCUUUCGGGCAAAGAAACUAUCUCCCUCGUCACCGGGGGCAUGAAGGCCAAGGCCGAUCGUGACGGGGCUCCGCCCUACGCCGCUUUGUUGGCUGCUCAGGACGUCGCCGAUAAGUGCAAGUCGCUCGGAAUCACGCUGGGUGCCAACGGCUGAAACCGCACUAAGACCCCGGGACCGGGUGCCCAGUCGACGCUCCGUGCUCUGUCCUGUUCGCCAAAGAAUUUUGUGAAUAUUUUUUAGUGCUAUUAGUGUAAAAAUUAAUAAAUGCUCUGUUUCAA